GAGCUCUCCCCAAAGCAAGCAAGGAGGACGACGACCCGUUUUCACAAUGCAAACUGUUGCACUUUCGGUGGCCAUCGUGUGCCUGCUGGCCGGUGCCGUGUACGGUGGGCUCAUGUUCGACCGUCCCUGCCCGACCAACGUGCCGGUGAAGCAGUACUUCGAGGUGGACAGAUACCUUGGCAAGUGGUACGAGAUGCAGCGCUACGAGAGCGAGUUCGAGGAGAACUUUGACUGCGUGCAGGUGCGGUACACGCUGAACGAGGACGACUCGGUGCAGGUGUCCAACUCGGCCUACAACCUGUUCAACGGUUCGUCGAUCAAUGCGCUCGGCCGGGCGGUGCUGUCCUUCCCGGACGAGGAGGUCGUGCAGGGCAAGCUGAACGUGUCCUUCUUCGGUGCACCAAAUGACCUAUCGAACUACUGGGUGCUGGAUACUGAUUAUGAGACGUUUUCGGUCGUCUGGAACUGUCAACCGCGUGGCGAGGAACAGUCGGAGGAAAGCUUCUGGGUGCUGUCCCGAACGCCAACGCUGCCCGCCGACACGGACGUGCUGUUCCGCAUACACUACAUCAUGCGGCGGUACAUCGAUCGUAGUCUGGUGCGAUUCACUAACCAGCUUGACGAACGGUGUCCUGUGUUUUAAGGAUGAUCUUCUCCAGUUGGAUCGAAAGUGCAUAUAAACUUACCAAUUAACUGUACAAUCCAAGGUCUGUUUUUGGACAAUAAACCAUAAUCAACUGCGUUUUA